UCCCGGUGACGUAGCACGCAGGGCCCUGCUGUUUGUUCGGCUCUGCUCAGGGGAAAGAGUGAGGAUACCCACAGGGGAGCAUAGUGUCCUACCGGCAGCCGCUGGGAGAAGGAGAUAUAAGAUGAGCCUGAAGUCGGAGCGUAGAGCAAUCCAUGUCGAUCAGUCAGAGCUACUGUGUAAAAAGGGAUGUGGAUAUUAUGGGAACCCAGCCUGGCAGGGAUUCUGCUCCAAAUGCUGGCGGGAAGAGUAUCAGAAAGCACGGCAGAAGCAGAUCCAAGAAGACUGGGAACUUGCUGAACGCUUACAGCGGGAAGAAGAGGCGGCAUAUGCAAGCAGUCAAGGCGCCCAAGGAGGGCAGUCUUCGCUUACCUUCUCCAAGUUUGAGGAAAAGAAAUCCAGUGAGAAGGCUAGGAAAGUAACUACAGUCAAAAAAUUCUUUACAGGCUCAUCCAAAACACUACCUAAGAAAGAUAUAAAGGAAGCGAAAACUCCCAGUCCCUCUCUUAACCGUCAGAUAAGCGUUGAGACAGAUCGCGCUUCCAAAGAAUUUAUAGAGUUUCUCAAACCCUUGCAGAAAGCAGGACAUGACGUUUUCAAGCAAUGCAAAAUCUUUUUGGAGGCCAUGCAUAUAAAAAAGGAAUCAAACAUUGAAGAGCAAUCAGAAUUCACCCAGGACUUUUACCAAAACACUGCCGACAAGUUGCAAAUGUAUUGGAAAGUAUCGCCUGAUAAGGUUGAGAAGGUGAUGGACCAGAUUGAAAAGUUUCUUAUGACUCGCCUGUAUAAGCAUGUGUUUUGCCCAGAAACCACGGACGAUGAGAAGAAAGACCUCACAAUACAAAAGAGAAUCAGGGCAUUACAUUGGGUGACACCCCAGAUGCUCUGUGUCCCUGUAAAUGAAGCUAUUCCAGAAGUGUCUGACAUGGUGGUAAAGGCAAUAACAGAUAUUAUUGAGAUGGACUCAAAGCGGAUUCCACGGGACAAGCUCACCUGCAUCACACAGUGCAGCAAACACAUCUUCAAUGCUAUCAAGAUCACGAAGAAUGAACCAGCCUCUGCUGAUGACUUCCUACCCACUCUUAUCUAUAUUGUCCUGAAGGCUAAUCCACCGCGCCUGCAGUCUAACAUUCAGUACAUCACUAGAUUUUGUAACCCGAGCAGAUUAAUGACUGGGGAGGAUGGUUACUAUUUCACAAACCUGUGCUGCACAAUAGCCUUCAUUGAGAAGUUGGAUGCCCAGUCUCUGAAUCUAAGUGAGGAGGAGUUCAACAGGUACAUGUCUGGUCAAGCUUCACCAAAAAAACAAGACUCUGAGAGUUGGCCUGAGGACACAUGUUCUGGGGUGAAACAGAUGCAUAAAAACUUGGACCUGCUUUCCCAGCUCUCCGAAAGGCAAGAACGCAUUGCGAACGGUGCCAGGCAGCUUGAGAAGGACCUCAUUGACUGGACAGAUGAAGUGACUCGAGGAGUCCAGGACAUUGUGGAAAAGUACCCAUUGCACAUAAAAAGCUCUAACCAGGCACUGGCAUCCAUAGAUUCAGAGAACGUAGAGGAUGAUAGGCUGCCUCCUCCUCUACAGCCACAAGUCUAUGCAGGAUAACAUACUUUUCUCAUAAGAGGAGCACAUCCAAACACUCCUCAUUGACUGUGUAUAUGAAGGUCACACCUCUUGGGGCAAUAAUAAGUAAAUUACUGAAAACCCUGAAGAUAUAUAUUUAAAUGCAAUUUUUAUGGUACAGAUUGCCUUCAGCCUAUGUGGGAUGCUUGGUAAAACUAUUUAUUAGCAUGAGUCAGACUGUGUAUACUGGUGAAGUUGGUUGUGUCUUACCCUCCAGCCUUCGUUAGUAGAUGCAACCAUCCAGUUAUUAUCUUUUGAAUGCUAAUAAUUGUACAUAAGCAAAUUUUAUGUCCUUAUUUUAUCUUUGGAAAUGUUUUCCCCUUGUUUGUCUUCCUUCAAUUUUUCUAGUUGGGGACAAAUCACCUUCUGCGGUCAAGCGACUGAGGACUACAGUUCUAACUGAUCAGCCAUCCUAUUGGCAAAUGCAAUGCAGAUUUUGCCUGUCUCUGCCCUGGGGGUUCCACCUUAUUUUUUUGAACAUAUAAAUGUUCUUGUACGCCGUUAGUAAUGCACUCAGGAAUAGAUCAUUACCACCACACCAAUCUUAUAUCUGUGGCCCUCAGAAGUUUACUCUCUAAAAGUCUUGAUAUAGUGAGUUGUGUUAUCAUUCUACGUGUGAAGACUUUAAAAUUGGUUUAGACUCCAUGUAGGAUAUAAUGAAAGUAAUCUACUUAAGACCAUCUAUAGAAAGUAUUAUGGUAUUAAUGAAACUCAAAUUUUAUCGCUCCCUUAUGUAUUUCUGUAUGUGGACAAUUAUUUUUUAUUAUAGAUUUGAAAUGGUAAAAUUUUCCUUUCCUUUUUGUUUUAAUUUUGUCUAUGUAUUUUCUGUUUUUAUUCCUUUUCAAACCUUUAAAACAGAGGAUAAUUAGACAGUCAAAGGUUGUUUACGUUAGAACUCACUUUAUUAUUGCAAGAAAGUACUGGAAUCAAAGCGUUUGAUCCAGAGAAAGAGAACCUAAUUAACUGUUUUCAUUUUCUUUGUUUUGUGGUUGGUUGUUUUUUGUGGCUAUUUUUUUUUCUUUUUCUUACUUACACCUAAUACAUGCACUUAAAAGGUUACUGCACUUUCAUACAAAUGUCUGAACUAGAGAUUACAGCUCUAAAUUGCCAACUAACCAUUGAAUUAUGUAGUAUGUAAAUAAGCAGCAUUUAGAAAUUACUAAAGUUUGAGAGCUUUCUGAUAAAUCUUUUGUAACAUAUGGUGGAUUAUAAUAUUGUAACACUACUGGUUGGGAAUCUAUGGAUUUUGGUGUUAUCCAAGGAAUGAACACAAGGAAUCACUACUUUCCUUUUGUGAAGAUGCUUGGGAAAAAUUAUUUAAAGAAUUUGUAACAAAUAAUUGACAGAUCCAAGGACACCUAGUGGAAUUGAAUGUGUUUUGUGCCCUAUCCUUAAAGCACUUUUUGUUUUGUAGCAAGAACACAGGCAGUAUUUGAAUGAGAAUACAAUACUACUGUGGUUGUGAGACCUAAGCUAGGUUUUUACUUGCAAGUGUUUUCAAAAAAAUAAAAAUUAAAAGGAAAUCCCUUAUAUAGACUGACCACUGGCACACUGACCAGAUAAAAGAUUGCUGUUCCUCAAAUGAUCAGAUCAACGUUCUACGACCUUGCAUGCUUUCUUGUCAGUGCUGUAUGGGCUGGUGUAGCUUGAAUAGAUCUGAUUUGAUGUUAUUCAGUUAUGUUGUAAUAUGUGCUGAACAUGAUCUAAAUAUUUUUAGAUCUCAUGGAUUUCUGCAAUGUGGAUCCCCCUACCCUUAAUGUUUUUUUUUUAUUAACAAUGACUGCGAUUUGCAACUAGCUGCAAGCAAUUUCAGCAGCAUGAUUUAACUUUUUUAUUAAGAAAACAGAAUGACUCAGUGACUAUUCUAAAGCUUAACACCAUAAAAUACCUUGCGUAAAAUAUAAUCAGGUUGCAUGGUUGGAACAGAGCAAAGGCUGGUAAACAGGUAAACUCCGUAAAGCAGUGUGCUCUACUUCUCUGACAAAGCGGUUUCAUACACUCAUCACCUUUAUUUUAACAUCACAAUUUUUAUCCAAUAAUCACUUCUACUGAUAAAAUGGUUUGGGUUAGCACAUAAUGUGAUAUUCAUAUAUUUAUUUUUUGUCUAAAAAUUGAUAAUUCAGUUUUGUCAUAGUGUUUCGGGCGGGGGGAAGAGACAGAUGAUUUACAAAUGUUUUUUUAUUUUAAAAGCGCUGUUUUAACAUAUAUUAUAAUAAAGGAAAAUCCACCAUUAUAUCUGUAGAAGUAUAUUAACUUGCCCAUCUUUUUUGCGGGCAGAAAAGUGCUUUAAUGACUGCCAAUAUAUUUGACUAAGCUUGAGAAGAAGACAAUUGUUAACAUUUUUGUAGAUCUCCAAUGGUUUGAACACUUAGGGGAUUGUAGAAUUGUUCCUCUUACAGUUAAGAGGGGAGGAAGAAAUAUGAGCUAUCUUUUUAAAAAAA